UGUCUUUUUUCAGUAGUAAUUCGGUGACGCAUUCUAUUCCACAUUAAUUUCCACUCGCUAUUUAUUUGCUCCAUCUCUUAUCUACCGUAUAACCACAAGAUUUAUAGAAUUGCAUCCUCUAGAUAGUAUUAAGAUGCCAUUUUGCUUCGAGGGUGCACCUCAAGUUUCAGUUUUCUUUUUCCCUUUCAGGUGCUUUCUCAGUUUCUCUGUUGUGUUUAUUUUGAGCCAAGAACGGAAUGGGUUCUUUGGUUUAGAGUGUUCCGAGGAACCUUCUGACUGAACUCCCCAAGGCCCUUCAGUGACUUAGUAGGAGCUCUUUUACAAGUGGAGUUCUUGGUGGAGUUCAAAAUUUUCUAAGUUGCUGAGUUUGGAAAAGGGAAAAAAAGGGUGCAAUCUUUGUAUGACUGGUAUGACAUCAUCGGUUACUUUCCGGGUGUCGCCUUAUUUGGUGUUGAAUUCGCAAUUUAGGCCUCGGUGUAGAGUGCGAGCGAGGAGUUCAGGCGGUGGUGACUCAACAGUGUCAUCAUCUCCUGAAUUGGUUGUGUCGAAUGGAGCUUCUUCUGUCGAGGAGAGAGAGAAAAUUGGUCCUUUGACUGGAGGAAAUGGAUAUGCAGUUUCAAAGAUUGAGGUAGUGGAGGAGAAGAAAAUGGUGGAGAAAGAAGCAAAAUGUUCCACUGCUUUGGAAGGCUUGGAGGUGUUGUGGGAUGAUGCGUAUGGAUCAAAGAGUGUGAAGGAUUAUCUUGACUACUCGAGGGAUAUGAUUAGGCCUGACGGAGGUCCACCCCGUUGGUUUUGCCCUGUUGAGUGUGGACAGCCUUUGAAUAGUUCUCCAGUUCUUUUGUUUUUGCCUGGACUUGAUGGCACUGGAUUGGGCCUCAUCUUGCACCAUAAAGCACUGGGAAGGGCUUUUGAAGUUCAAUGCUUGCAUAUCCCUGUUUACGAUCGGACUCCAUUUGAAGAUCUGGUGAAAUUCGUCGAGAAAACUGUUAAAGCUGAGUAUGCCUCAUCUCCACAUAAGCCCAUUUAUCUUGUUGGUGAUUCCUUUGGAGGAUGCCUUGCACUUGCUGUGGCUGCUCGUAAUCCUACCAUUGACCUGGUAGUCUUAUUAGCGAAUCCAGCUACGUCAUUUGGCCGUUCGCAGCUGCAGCCACUGUUACCUUUAUUGGAAGCUAUGCCCGACGGACUCCAUUUCACGGUCCCUUAUCUUCUAAGCUUUGUUAUGGGUGACCCAGUGAAGAUGGCAAUGGUCAAUAUUGAUAAUAUCCUUCUCCCAAGAGAGGCACUGAAACAACUGUCUGUCAACCUCACUUCUUUGCUGCCUCGCCUCUCAGGUUUGGCUGAUAUAAUACCCAAGGAAACUCUUCUUUGGAAACUGAAGUUGCUUAAAUCAGCUGCCUCUUAUGCAAAUUCUCGUCUUUAUGCUGUCAAUGCUGAAGUGCUUCUCCUUGCCAGUGGCAAGGAUAGCAUGCUUCCUAGUCGAGAUGAAGCCCAAAGGCUUAUGAACUCAUUGAAGAACUGCAGAGUUCGUUACUUCAAAGACAAUGGACAUACACUUCUAUUGGAAGAUGGUAUUAACUUGCUGACCGUCAUCAAAGGUACCAACACAUACCGUCGAACAAGGAGGCAUGAUUACGUCUUGGAUUUUCUGCCUCCUAGUAUGUCAGAAUACAAAGUAGCAUUCAAUCAAGUUGUCGGACUAUUUCGCUAUGCAUCUAGUUCGGUAUUAUUCUCAACUUUAGAUGAUGGGAAGAUAGUGAGAGGCCUCUCAGGGGUUCCUUCUGAAGGACCAGUGUUGUUAGUUGGUUAUCACAUGUUGAUGGGACUUGAGCUUCAUUCACUUGUUGAAGAAUUCUUAAGAGAGAAAAACAUUAUUGUGCGGGGGAUAGCGCAUUUGGAGAUGUUCUCUGGAAAAGUGGAAAAUUUAUCUACCGAAUUUGGUCUAACUGAUUGGAUGAAAGUAAUGGGAGCACUACCUGCAACGGGAAGCAAUCUCUUCAAAUUGUUUCAAACCAAAUCUCAUGUUCUACUUUAUCCUGGCGGUACGCGUGAGGCUUUCCAUUAUAAGGGUGAAGAAUACAAGUUAUUCUGGCCAGACCAACCAGAAUUUGUGAGAAUGGCUGCACGGUUUGGUGCCACAAUAGUACCAUUUGGAACUGUAGGAGAGGAUGACAUGACAGAAUUGGUACUUGAUUACAAUGAUCUGAUGAAUAUUCCAUUUGUCAAUGACUACAUCAAAGAAUCUACUCGCAACGCUAUACGAGUGAGGGAGGAUGAAAAACUUUCUAUUCCAGUGGUUUUGCCAAGGAUACCUGGCCGCUUGUACUAUCUGUUUGGGAAGCCCAUAGAGACAAGGGGGAGAUAUGAAUCACUGAAGGACAGAGAAAAUGCAAACGAGUUGUACUUGCAGGUAAAAUCCGAAGUCGAAAGCUGCAUCGCCUAUUUGCUCAAGAAGCGAGAGGAGGACCCUUACCGAAGUAUAUUUGAUAGAACCGUACAGAGGGCAUUACAUUCUCCUCUACACGAAAUUCCGGCAUUUGAGCCCUGAUAAAGGGUGGUGGUUGUCCAAAUUGUUUAGGCCUUAUGUAUAUAACAUUUAGAGUGAAUGGCCUUUGUCUCGGCCAAACAUAAACAUUUGUAAAUAGCAUUCGUGUAUAUCUAAUUUCUAGUUGUUGGAAAA